UGGACACUGGAGUGUGUCAGGUGUGCACCUUAGGCAGUCUUCCUGUUCACUUUGAUCCAGGAGGAAUCCCAUCUGCUCCAGGCCCACCCCAAGGGGAACAGGGCACUUCCAGUGGCAGCUGGCAGGACACCUCCUUCACAGGGGCUCUCCUGGCCCAGUGCAAGCAGCUGUCAAAGGUUUACCAUGGGGGGAAUCUGAGCUUCUAGACCCAACCUCCUGCCAGUCCCUGUUUGCCACCGGUCGGGUCAGACCAAAGGUGUUUGAUGCUUUUUUUUCUACAGGACACAAAAGCCCUCGGUGCAGGCAAGAAACAAGAAGGGUUCAUGUCUCUGAACUCCACUGCCUUCUCCCAUCCUCCCUGUUUCCUUCUCCUUGGCAUCCCUGGGCUGGAGAAGGAGCAGUUCUGGAUUGCCUUCCUGUUCUGCAUCACAUAUGUCCUCGCCCUGCUGGGGAACAUCUCCCUGCUCCUGGCCAUGAGGGCACAGCCCACCCUGCAGGAGCCCAGGAACCUCCUCCUGACCAUGCUGGCCUUCACUGGCCUGCUCCUGUCGACCUCCACCGUGCCCAAAAUACUGGGCAGCUUCUGGCUGGGCUUGGGGUAGAUUGGGUUUCCCUCUUGCCUCGCUCAAAUGUUCUCCACCCACACCUUCUCCAUGGUGUCGGGGGUGCUCGUGGCCAUGGCCUUGGAUGGCUCUGUUGCCAUUUGCUGCCCGCUCUGGCACUCCAGCACCCUCUGGGGGCCCGUGGGGGGCCUGGGCAGCGUGGGGUUGGUGUGGGGGAUCCUGCUGGUGAGCCCCACAUGCCUCCCCCUCCACAGGAAGCACUUCUGCCAGCACCACGUCACCCCCCACUCCUCCUGCCAGCACCACCACGUGGCCCUGGUGCCGUUGGCCCGUGGGGACACUGGGGUCAGUGCCACGUGUGGCCUCUGCGUGGCUUUCCUGGUGGCAGUGCCGGACCUGCUGCUGCCCGUGUCCCACACCGUGAUCAGGGUGGUGACGAGGCUGCCACCCCCAUGGAAAGCCUUCAGCACCUGCACAUCCCAUGUCUGUGCCAUGCUGGCCUUCUACAUCCCCUCCCUCCUCACGGCCCUCGCCCACCGUGCUGGGCAGGGCAUCCCCCCCCACGUCGGGGUGUCCAACCUGCACCUGCCCGUGCCCCCCACACUGAACCCCACUGCUCGUGGGGUCAGGACCGAGGAGCUCUGGGACAGCGUGGUCAUCCUCCUGGAUGGGAACCUGACCCCAAUGGGUAGGACCUGGUGA